UUAACUUCCUGCAUGUCUCUCCCCCUUCAGAGCUUCACUGUACCCUCCUCUACUUCCCCCUCUGACCUCUCCUCCCUCUCUGAAGCUCAGCGUCUCUCUUCCUGAGCUCACUCUGUCGUUGGCGUUCGCGUUGACUGGCCAGAGUCCGCGAGCUGAAAACCCUCGUCCCUCUCUCCUCUUUCUCUCUAUUCAUCUCUGCAGCUCUUCACCCAUUCAUCUCUGUCUGACCCCAGGACAUAACUGUUUUCAGCACUUCCUGGUCCGUCACAAACAUCUGAUUGGCCAUGGCGUAUCACAGUUUCCUCCUGGAACCAAUUAGCUGCCAUGCCUGGAACAAAGAUCGGACCCAGAUUGCCCUCUGCCCCAACAACCAUGACGUCCACAUCUAUAAGAAAGAUGGUGCCAAGUGGGCCAAGAUUCACGAGCUGAAGGAGCACAAUGGCCAGGUGACAGGCAUUGACUGGGCUCCAGACAGUAACCGCAUAGUUACUUGUGGAGCAGACCGUAACGCUUACGUGUGGACCCUUAAAGAGGGCACCUGGAAGCCCACCUUGGUCAUCCUCAGGAUCAAUCGCGCUGCCCGCUGUGUCAAGUGGUCUCCAAGAGAGAACAAGUUUGCCGUCGGCAGCGGCUCUCGCCUCAUCUCCAUUUGCUACUUUGAGCAGGAAAAUGACUGGUGGGUGUGUAAGCACAUCAAGAAGCCAAUCCGGUCCACCAUUCUGAGUCUGGACUGGCAUCCCAACAACGUCCUGCUGGCCGCAGGAUCCUGUGACUUCAAAUGCAGGGUGUUCUCGGCCUACAUUAAGGAAGUGGAGGAGAAACCUGGACCCACUCCAUGGGGAAGCAAGAUGCCAUUUGGCGAGAUGAUGUUUGAGUCAGGUGGAUCUGGAGCUGCGGAUCAAAGUUCAGGAGGAGGCGGGGGUUGGGUGCACAGCGUGUGCUUCUCACACUCCGGCAACCGUCUGGCAUGGACCUCCCACGAUUCCACUGUGUCUGUCGCAGAGGGGGGCAAGACCGGAACGGUGAACAGUCUGAGCUCAGAGACACUUCCUCUUCUGUGCGUCACCUUCAUUACUGAGAACAGCUUAGUUGCAGCUGGCCACGACUGUUACCCGGUGCUGUUUGUGUACGACACCGUCAAAGCCAGCCUGACAUUUGGUGGCAAGUUGGAUGUUCCUAAGCAGGCGGCCCAGAAGGGCAUCAGUGCCAGGGAACGUUUCCAGAACCUGGACCGCCGGGCCUCAGAGAACCAGAGCACCGACAAGAACCUGAACACCCUGCACAAGAACAGCAUCAGCCAAAUCUCAGUGCUGGAAGGAGGACGUAACCAGUGCACUACGUUCUGCACCACCGGUAUGGAUGGUGGAAUGGGCAUCUGGGAUGUCAAGACUCUGGAAUCCUCAAUGAAGAACUUGAAGAUCGUUUGAAGUGAGGUUUACAUCAAACCAUGCAUUUUAUAAUAGCUUCUGGAGAUAUGAAGAAAACUGCUGCCUCAUCACACAAAGCUUCUUGGCAAUAUUGUAAUCAGGUAUUUUAUAUAUAUAUAUAUAUAUAUAUAUAUAUAUAUAUGUGUAUAUAUAUAUAUACAUAUAUGUGUGUAUAUACAUAUACACGUUAAACGAUCAGACACAGGUCGAACGGUGUUUGUAAUAUCGCUGAAUCUCUUUGCUGAGCUUGAUAAACGUGUUCAAAGCUGCACCUAGUGACUGACCAUGGUACAGAGUGAGUCAGAGCAGUAUAAUCACAGACAGCUCAGUCUGAGCUGAAAGCUUAAAGCUGGAAUUUUAUAUUAUUAGUAUAAAAUGCUGCAGUGCUUAUGCUGGUCAUAAUAUGCAUUUAAUAAAGGAUUGGUUACAUUA